AAGUUUCCAUCAGUCUCUUGGUUGAGGUCACAUCGUCUAGAAACUAGCGCUAUGAAUUAUUCCGUCGUUUUAUUGGUGAUAGUCGCCCUGGUGGCUUCAUGUCAAGCUAAAGCCGUCGGUGAAUCCCCUGCGAACAACCCCGUUCCUUUGGCUGACCUCAUCACUCAGGCCCAGGCGGAUAUCGCUAAGCUUGGAAGGGAACUUCAUGAAAAUCUGAAACUACCGGACCAGGAGACAAUCGUCAACGCCCUGAAAGACCACAGCAACACUCUCGUCACAAACGUCAAGAGCUACGUCAACCAAGUCACCGAAGAUGUGGCCAAGAAACGCCCGGAAAUGGAAAAGCUUUGGACCAGUGUUAAGACAGCGCUGAACAAAGCUGCGGAUGAUAUCGCGGACCAGAUUCCCGUUGCCAAAGAACAAGCUGCCCAACUCGAGGCGAAGUUCUUCAAGGGCGUCGAAACUAUCGUACAGCAGUCUGACAUCGUUGCUAAAACAUUCAACGAAAACUCCGGGCAAAUUCAGGAGGACGUCGCUAAGCUAGCGAAAAAGGCGGUCGAAAUGGCCGUCCAGGCUACUCAGGGGCUCAAGGCUCAGCUCCAUCCCGACGAAACGGUCGCGACCCCCAAACAGUUCAAGCCCAAACCAAAAUAGUCUAAUCUAUGAACAAUUAUGACGUACGCUUUAUUCUUUCUUGUUUCACCACACCCAGGAUGAUCUAGGAAUCAACUGUGCCCAUCCCACCUGUAAUUUUCUUCUUGCAAAUUAUUAUUAAUUUUAUGUGUACAUAAAUGUAUGUAUUAUAAUUACCACAUUGUUUUAGAACAAUUUUUGAAUUCUUUACAAACCGUGAAUUUUAAUUUAAUGCACAUACGGAUCAAUAAUAAAAUGCGAGCUAUGUAUUAUUAA